CAACUCCCAUAAUGCAGUGCGUUUUCAAAAUGUCGCCCUCCUUCGUGACCUGACUUCUGUGCCACCAGACAACAAAGCAUAGCUUAAUUUAGCAAAUCAGACGGUCUAAAUAAAUAAUUCUAUUUACUGAAGCAUGAGACUUCUGAUUACAGUUGCCAGACGUAUUCAUAAACGGCCGCUGUACACUCCCACAUCAUGUCUAAGUUCGGCAGCGAGUUGCUCCGGGGCUGCUACGAACAGCAGCCUGCAGUUCAGAGAUGACCAACUGGUCUGCGGUUCGACCGGAGAGCUGGUCCAGAGGCUUCGCGGUCAGGUGGAGGUGAGGACGGAAUUCAUAAGUGAGGAAGAGGAGGGUGCUCUCAUGAAAGAACUUGAGCCUGGGCUGAGGAAGAAACGAUACGAGUUCGACCACUGGGACGAUGCGAUUCAUGGUUACCGGGAGACAGAGCGUGCUCAGUGGGGAGCAGUGUGUGAGGGGGUGAUGGAUCGCCUCCGAGCUGUGGCUUUCUCUGAGGGCAGCCCUCUCCUAGGCCCUGUGCAUGUCCUGGACCUGGACAAGGCUGGAUACAUCAAACCACACAUCGACAGUGUCAAGUUCUGUGGCAGCACUAUAGCAGGGCUGAGUUUGUUGUCAGACAGUGUGAUGCGCUUGGUGAGGGAGGAUGAACCCGCUGAAUAUCUGAACUUGUUUCUGCCCCGUCGCUCUCUCUACAUACUCAGAGAGUUCCCCGCCAUCGCCGCAUCUCUGUCAUCUGCCGGAACCUUCCUGUUUGAAGCAUGAGAGCCAAGAGGGACACAACUGUGACAGUCUCACUGGCAGUAGCCAGAGCUCGGUAUUUUAAAUGUCAAGAAUGUCACUAUGUUAAAAUUUGAUGUACACUCUUUCUCACUGUGCGAGAGACUGUUGGGAAAGAUGAUUUAGAUGUUUCCCUUAUCAGGUUUCAUUGGAGCACUUCAUAAUAACUACCUGUACAGGAUUUGAUUCUGAAUUAAAUGUUGGGAAGGCAUUCAGGUAUGAUGCAUUUCUAAGGGUCAUAAUGCAUUACAAGACUUGUCAUAAGUAUCUAUGGACUUCUUAUGCUAAUUAAUAUUAUAUAAUGAAUCUGAGUUAUUAGCCUUUUCAAAAAUGCCAUGUAGAUAGGCAAGAUGAUAAUUUGUAGGAGAAGCAGUUGAAGGAGAACCUGCAUUUUCUGGUGAGCUUCACUAUCCAAGAUCUGUAUUAGGUCAUUAUCAAGUGCGUUGAAUUCUUAGAGCUAAAUGGAUACUUCAAAUAGUUAUAGCCCUAUAUUCGACACCACUUCUAGAAGGCUACAAUGCGGAGCCUGGAAAUAACUGGUGCCAUUUUUUAAAGAAUACUUGUUAACGACAACUCCAGUUACUGAAGGCGUAUCUAUAAUCUGUAACUCUUUGUUCAUCCAUCUGAAUUGUUUAAUGUGUAGAUAUCUGUGUAGAAAACGUCUGAGCCUAAAUCUUCUCCAAACCGGCACCUAUAACCAGAGGAGUCAUGCCCAUAGGGGGCACAAGGGCACGUGCCCCCUCAGAUUUGUCCUGUUAAAAAAUCUAUAUAAUAAUUAAAUGAAUGACUAAACUUAAUUUUCAGCCCACAUUUUGUCAUAAUUGUUUAUAAUAAAAAAAAAGAUCUGUCAGUGGUAUUUAGUAUUUUAUUAGGAUCUCCAUUAGCUAUUGCUAAAGCACCAGCUACUCUUACUGGGGUCCACAAAAACAUGAUGUAAUACAUCACAAGGAUAGAACUACAAUACAUGCAUUUAUAAUAAUACACACAUGAUUCAUACUGAAUGCAAGUGCAAUACACAAAAAUGGAAAUUAAAUAACAAGGUUCCCCUGACGUGAAUAUAUCAACCUUGUUUUGCUAAAUUCCCCUGAUGUGAAUAAAGCUACUUUGUUUCUACA